UCCUCUCUCUCUCUCUCUCAAUACCCAUGAAUCAUUCCAGGAUAUUUAACAAAUUCAUCUUAUCUUUUCUUGCGAGUAAUUGUGUAAUUUUUUUUUUCUGGUUGGUAAAUUCGUUCUCUAUAUAAGCUCGACCCCACCUUACAUUCUUCAUCAAACGCCCGCUCCUUUGUUCUCUUCUCCUGUUCUCCACGAAAAAUGGCCCCCAACCGAUUUUCUUCCAGCAUGGUAACCAUGUCCGUAGCCAUCAGCAGCACUCUUCUCUUCCUCUUCUUUGUUUCCUCUUCCGCCUCUGACAUGUCCAUCAUCAGCUACAACAACGAAAAUCACGAGCAACAGACUCGGCGAACCGACGCCGAGUUGAAGGACAUGUACAUGUCGUGGCUGGCUAGGCAUGGGAAAGCUUACAAUGGGCUGGGAGAGAACGAGAAGAGGUUCGAGAUUUUUAAGGAUAAUCUGAGGUUCAUCGAGGAGCACAACACCCAAAACCGCACUUACAAGGUUGGCUUGAAUCGUUUUGCUGAUUUGACCAGCGAGGAGUACCGUGCCUUGUACUUGGGCACCAGGACUGACCCCAAACGAAGGGUCAUGAAGUCCAAGAACCCCAGCCAGAGGUACGCUUUUAGAGCCGGUGAAAAGUUGCCGGCGUCCGUGGAUUGGAGGGUGAAAGGUGCUGUUAAUUCUGUCAAGGAUCAAGGAAGUUGCGGAAGUUGCUGGGCGUUCUCUACCGUGGCAACGGUAGAAGGCAUAAACCAAAUCGUCACCAGCGAAUUGAUCUCUCUAUCAGAACAAGAACUUGUGGAUUGUGACAGAGAAUACAACGCCGGGUGCAACGGAGGUCUCAUGGAUUACGCGUUCGAGUUCAUUAUCAACAAUGGAGGCAUGGACACCGAAGCAGACUAUCCUUACCAAGGCGUUAACAGCAAAUGCGACACGGCCAGGAAGAAUUCAAAGGUAGUUAGCAUUGAUGGGUACGAGGAUGUCCCACCCUAUGAUGAGAGUGCGUUGAAGAAGGCUGUGGCGCAUCAGCCUGUGAGUGUUGCAAUUGAAGCAAGUGGCAGGGCUCUACAGCUCUACGAGUCGGGUGUAUUUACAGGUGAAUGUGGGUCAGAGCUAGACCAUGCAGUGGUUGCAGUUGGAUAUGGCACAGAGAAUGGGGCAGAUUACUGGCUUGUGAGGAACUCCUGGGGAACCAACUGGGGUGAGGAUGGAUACAUCAAGAUAGAGCGCAACGCCGUCGGCACGUUUACUGGCAAGUGUGGAAUUGCAAUGGAGGCGUCCUAUCCCAUUAAGACUACUCCCCAAAACCCAAAUAACCCUUACAGUCGCGCUUCUGAGAGCGUUAUCAAGAUGGUCAGCAGUGCUUGAAAGCUAAUGCUUCUGCUUCU